GCCACAGCCACCAACUGUUCCACGUCUGCGCGGUGCUGGGGACCCACUUCCAGCUGGAGGCGGUGCUGGCUGAUAUGGGGUCGCGCCGUGCCUGGCUGGCCACGCAGCAGCCCCCCCUGGGGUUGGUGGGCACACUGGCCACGCUGGGCCUGGCGGUGGCCGGGAACCUGCUCAUCAUUGCCGCCUUCACGACCUCCCUGUUUCGGGCCCCCAGCACAUGCCCCCUGCUGCAGGGUGGCCCGCCGGAGGGGGGUAUGAAGGCCAAACAGCAGUGAGCCUGCCCUGGGGGAUGGCAGAGGCCAGGCGGCACCCCCCUCCCCUGCUGGGGAGGAGCCCAAAAGGGGCACCUGGGAGUCUGGGGCCAGGAGUGACUGAGGGGUGGGGCCAGAGGAGAGCA